GCCGCUCUACUCCAUCUCCCGGCAGGCCGAGCGCUGCGGGCGGCGGCGGCGCCUUUGUGGAGGCAGCGGCCGGCGCGGAGGAAGUUCCGGUCUCCGCGACACCGGGUCGGCGGCGGCGGCUGAGGAGUAGGAGGAGUGGGCCGCGGAGGCCGCGCUGCCUCGGUGCUGCUCUAACCAGCGUUCGGUAGCAAAAGAGGAUCUGCUCAUUGGGCCCUCUGGACUCAGAGAUGUGGGGGGACUCUCGAUCUGCUAACAGAACACGGCCUUUUCGUGGGAGCCAAGAAGAAAGGUUUGCUCCCGGGUGGAACAGGGAUUAUCCUCCUCCUCCCCUUAAGAGUCAUGCUCAAGAGAGACACUCUGGCAACUUUCCUGGCAGAGAUUCACUUCCCUUUGAUUUCCAGGGGCAUUCGGGGCCUCCCUUUGCAAAUGUAGAGGAGCACCCUUUCAGCUAUGGCGCUAGAGACGGACUGCUUGGUGACUAUCCAGGAGGGGAGGGGUCUGGACACGAUUUCAGGGGGGGAGAUUUUUCAUCUGACUUCCAGAGCAGAGACUCUGCACAGCUGGACUUCAGAGGCAGGGACAUCCAUUCUGGGGAUUUCCGGGAUAGAGAAGGACCCUCCCUGGACUACAGGGGCGGCAGUGGGGCUCCUGUGGAUUACAGGAGCCGGGAGCCAUCUCACAUGAACUACAGAGACAGGGAGGCUCACACUGUUGACUUCAGAGGUAGGGAUGCUCCUCCGUCUGACUUCAGGGGGGGCCGGGGCGCUUAUGACUUAGAUUUCCGAGGCCGGGAAGGAUCUCACACCGAUUUUAGGGGAAGGGAUUUAUCAGAUUUGGAUUUCAGGACCAGAGAUCAGUCUCGUUCUGAUUUUAGGAAUAGAGACGUGUCUGAUUUGGACUUCAGGGACAAAGACGGAACACAGGGGGACUUCAGAGGCCGAGGUUCGGGUACUAGUGAUCUAGACUUUAGGGACAGGGAUGCACCACAUUCAGAUUUCAGAGGCAGACACCGGUCCAGGACAGAUCAGGACUUUAGGGGCAGGGAUGUGGGGGCGUGUAUGGAAUUUAAGGGUAGGGAGAUGCCCUCUGUGGAUCCAAAUAUAUUGGAUUACAUUCAACCCUCUACACAAGACAGAGAACAUUCUGGUAUGAAUGUGAACAAGAGAGAAGAAUCCACACCUGACCACACAGCAGAAAGGUCUGCUUUUGGCACUCAGAAGGGAGAAUUGGAGCAUUCAGAAACGAGAGAAGGAGAAACACAAGGGGUAGCCUUUGAACAGGAGUCUUCGUCAGACUUCCAGAACAGCCAGAGUCCACUGCAAGACCAAGACAAGGCACAGCCUUCCGGCGGCGACAAACAGAGUUCUGGUUCUGGUUUAUUCAAAGAAGAAGGUGGCCUGGACUUUCUUGGCCGGCAGGACACAGAUUACAGAAGCAUGGAGUACCGCGACGUGGACCACAGGCUGCCAGGAGGCCAGCUGUUUGGCUACGGCCAGAGCAAGUCUUUUCCAGAGGGCAAACCUUCUCGAGAUGGCCCGCAGGAGCUUCAGGAUCAAGAUUAUAGGACUGGCCCAAGUGAGGAGAAAGCAAGCAAGCUUAUUCGAUUAAAUGGGGUGCCUGAAAAUGCCACAAAAGAAGAGAUUCUUAACGCCUUUCGGACGCCUGAUGACAGGCCUGUGAAGGACUUGCAGCUGAAGGGGUAUAACACAGGUUACGACUAUGGCUAUGUCUGCGUGGAAUUUUCACUCUUGGAAGAUGCCAUCGGAUGCAUGGAGGCCAACCAGGGAACGCUGAUGAUCCAUGACAAAGAGGUCACCCUCGAGUAUGUACCCAGCCUGGAUUGUUGGUACUGCAAACGGUGUAAGGCCCCCACUGCUGGACACCGACCUUCCUGCUCAAUCUGCAAGUGCCCGAGGGAAGGGACAGACGUGAAGCAGGACUUAGUGACGUACCCUCAGCUUCAGAAAACGCCCCUCCCACCGCCAUCAGAAAAGCAACCCAGCCAGUCCCCAAGGUCCGCUGACAAGGAACAGGUGCCCAAGAAGCGGGAAGAAGGACAAGAGCCACGCUCGGGACAUCAAAAGAAAGAAGCAGAUCGGUACCCGCCUCCCUCUCGCAGGGAAGGGCUCAGCUUCCGAAGAGACCGAGAGAAGGAUCCGUGGUCUGGGGAGACACGCCAGGAUGGGGAGAGCAAAACCAUCAUGCUCAAGCGCAUCUACCGAUCCACACCCCCUGAGGUGAUCGUGGAAGUGCUGGAGCCCUACGUCCACCUGACCACUGCCAACGUCCGGAUCAUCAAGAACAGAACCGGCCCCAUGGGCCACACCUACGGCUUCAUUGACCUCGACUCCCACGCCGAAGCUCUUCGUGUAGUCAAGAUCCUGCAGAACCUCGAUCCCCCGUUUAGCAUUGAUGGGAAGAUGGUAGCUGUCAACCUGGCUACUGGGAAACGCAGAAAUGAUUCUGGGGACCAUUCUGACCACUACUAUCAGGGCAAAAAAUACUUCCGAGACAGGAGGGGAGGUGGCAGAAACUCCGACUGGUCUUCCGAGUCAAAUCGACAAGGACAGCAGUCAUCAUCGGACUGCUACAUCUAUGACUCGGCAACUGGCUACUAUUAUGACCCCUUGGCGGGGACUUACUAUGACCCCACCACCCAGCAAGAAGUCUAUGUGCCCCAGGACCCGGGGUCCCCCGAGGAGGAGGAGAGCCGGGAGAGGAAGCCAGCCAGCCAGGGCAAGUUGGGUGGCAAGAAAGAGACGUCCAAAAGGGACAGCAAGGAGAAGAAGGACCGCAGCGGGCCGAGGUUUCAGGAAGACGCCAAUGAGGAGACGGCGCCCCCAGAGGAUGUUUUUAAGAAGCCCCUGCCCCCCACGGUGAAGAAGGAAGAGAGUCCUCCCCCGCCCAAGGUGGUUAACCCCCUGAUUGGCCUGCUGGGUGAGUAUGGAGGAGACAGCGACUAUGAGGAGGAGGAAGAGGAGGAGCAGCCCCCGCCUCCGCAGCCCCGCACAGCGCCGCCCCCGCAGCAGGAGGAGCUGAGCAAGAAGGAGAAUGAAGAAGACAAGCUCACGGACUGGAACAAGCUGGCCUGCCUGCUCUGCAGGAGGCAGUUUCCCAAUAGAGACGUUCUGAUCAAGCACCAGCAGCUCUCAGACCUGCACAAGCAAAACCUGGAAAUCCACCGGAAGAUAAAGCAGUCGGAGCAGGAGCUCGCCUACCUGGAGAGGAGAGAGCGGGAGGUCUGCUCUGCUUCCCAACAGGGAAAGUUUAAAGAAAGAGGAAAUGAUCGCAGAGAAAAGCUUCAAUCUUUUGACUCUCCGGAAAGAAAACGAAUGAAAUACUCCAGAGAGACUGACAGUGAUCGGAGACCUGCUGAUAAAGAAGAUGUGGACAAUAGCAGCAAAGGAGGCUGUGUCCAGCAGGCUGCUGGUUGGAGGAAGGGGCCCGGAUAUGGCCACCCCGGAUUGGCUUCAGCGGAAGAGACUGAAGGCCGGAUGAAGGGGCCCGGGGUGGGGGCUCCCGGAAGAACCAGCAAGAGACAGUCCAACGAGACAUACCGAGACGCUGUGCGAAGAGUCAUGUUUGCUCGAUACAAAGAACUCGAUUGAAGGACGGAGCAGUCCCCUUGGACACAGCCUCCUGUUUUGUGUGUCAGUCUCUCCUUUUGUUUUGUUACUGUUCUUGCUGCUAGAACUUUUUUAAAUAAACUUUUUUUCAAUGUGA